CUCCUGGAGGUGGAGUGGGGAACCUGAAUACCUCCCUCUGUUCCUCGGCCUGCCGUUUCCUUCCUCCUCCUCCUCCUCCUCUCUGGCGCUGCGCCGUGCUGGUGCUCGCAGGGCCCUGUGUGGAGUGCGCGGGGCGAGCGAAGGGAUCCCGUCCUCUUUUAGGUCCAGCCUGGCGUGCUGGACCCACACUGAAGCCGUUCCGGUGCCUGCUCUCCGGGCGCUAUGCAGCCAUCCCCCGCGCGCUUACACGCACUGCUCGCCGCCGCCGCCGCGCUCGUCUCCGCCAGCAGCACAGACUUGACUCCCCGCUUUACUUCUGAGCCCGUCUCUACCGUGCAGAAACCCGGUGGCCCCGUGCAGCUGCGCUGCUCCGCUGAGCCCCCAACAGCGCGCAUCUCCUGGCUGCUGGAUGGGGAGCCCCUGGGCAGCGGGCUGGGAGGAGUGGAAAUCCAGCCCGGGGCUUUGACCAUCGCCUCCCUGAGCCCGGCGACAUCUGGUCGCUAUCAGUGCGUGGCCAACAACAGCGUGGGCGCAGUUGUGAGCAGGGCUGCAGUGGUGUCAAUAGGCAGCCUGGCUCAUUUUGACACGUCCGUGCCCCCCACCAUCGUGGCAGAGGAAGGAGGCACGGCGCUCAUCGGCUGCGCGGUGCCGGAGAGUAACCCCAGAGCUCAGGUUCGCUUCCGAGUGCGGGGGAAGUGGCUGGAGCGAUCCACAGAUAACUACCUAAUCCUCCCGUCGGGAAACCUGCAGAUCCUCAAUGUGUCCCUGGAGGACAGGGGCUCCUACAAGUGUGCUGCCUACAACCCCGUCACUCACGACCUCAGGAUAGAACCCACCGGGAGAAAGCUCGUCGUCACGCGCUCGUCCCCUGCACGGCCCCGCAUCCUGCACCCCCGGCGGCCGCAGGCGCUGGCCGUGCCGCAGCACAGCGCGCUGACCCUGGAGUGCGUGGCUGCGGGGCUGCCCGCGGCGGCUGUGCGCUGGGACAGGGAUGGGCAGGACGCGCUGCGCGGGGGCAGCUGGGCCCUGCAGCACUCCCACCUGGUGACGGACGGGCUGCAGCCGUCGGACUCCGGGAACUACUCCUGCGUGGUGGGCGGCGGACUCGGGGAGGUGACGUACAUCAACUACUCGCUCACCGUGCUCGAACCUGUCUCGAUUUCCAAGGGGCUGCAGGAUGAGACCGUGCCCGCCGGCACCACCGCGUAUUUGUGGUGCGCUGCCCGCGGGAGCCCGGCCCCAGCCCUCACCUGGCUGCACAACGCAGCGGCCCUCGCUCCGUCCCCGCGGCAUCUGCUGCUGGGGAACGGCCUGCAGAUCCGCGGCGUCACCGUGCAGGACUCUGGCAUGUACCAGUGCGUGGCAGAGAACGGCGUCGGCUCCGCGCAGUCGGCUGGGCGGCUCCGCGUCCUGCCAGUCCCUGUAGAAGCUGGCCCGAAAGCGGAAGAAAUGGCUCCUGCAGAGGCUGCCCAGAGCGACGAAAGCCGCGGCGACUUUGGUGCGGAAGCGGCGUUUUCCAGCUCACCUCCAACAAAGCUGCGAUGGGAUUCAGCUGCAACAGACAAACCCUGGAGCAGCAUCUCCCCCCCCGAGGCCCCCAUCAUCCUCAGCCCCCCGCAGACGCCCAAGCCGGACGUGUACACGCUGGUGUGGCGGUCGGGGCGGGACGGGGGCUUGCCCAUCAACGCCUACUUCGUGAAGUACCGCAAGCUGGAUGACAGCGCGGGCACGGCUGGGGGCUGGCACACGGUGCGCGUCCCGGGCAGCGAGAACGAGCUGCGGCUCAGCGAGCUGGAGCCCUCCAGCCUCUACGAGGUGCUGAUGGUGGCGAGGAGCGCUGCCGGCGAAGGCCAGCCCGCCAUGCUGACGUUCCGCACCAGCAAAGAAAGAACGUCAUCCUCCAAAAACACCCAGGCUCCGUCUCCACCCGUGGGCGUCCCUAAGCACCCUGCUGUUCACGAAGGGACCAGCAAUUUCGGCGUGGUGCUCCCCGAGCUGUCCCGGCACAGCGGAGUUCCAGAAGCUCCGGACCGACCCACCAUCUCCACCGCGUCGGAGUCCUCCGUCUAUGUCACGUGGAUACCACGAGCAAACGGGGGCUCCCCCAUCACUGCCUUCAAAGUGGAGUACCGGCGCCUGGGCCGGAGCAGCGACUGGCUCGUUGCAGCCGACAGCAUCUCUCCUUCCAAGCUGUCCGUGGAAGUUCGCAGUUUGGAGCCAGGAGAGAUGUAUAAGUUCCGUGUGAUUGCUGUGAACAACUACGGGGAGAGCCCCCGCAGCGCCGCGUCCCGCCCGUACCAGGUCGCCGGCUUCACCAGCCGCUUCUCCAGCCGCCCCAUCACCGGGCCCCACAUUGCUUACACUGAAGCCAUCAGUGACACUCAGAUCAUGUUAAAGUGGACGUAUAUUACAUCGAGCAACAACAACACCCCCAUCCAAGGGUUUUAUAUCUACUAUCGGCCCACGGACAGCGACAACGACAGUGACUACAAGAGGGAUGUUGUGGAAGGCACAAAGCAAUGGCACCUGAUAAAUCACCUGCAGCCAGAAACCUCGUACGACAUAAAAAUGCAGUGCUAUAACGAAGGUGGUGAAAGCGAGUACAGCAACGUGAUGAUCUGCGAGACGAAGGUGAAGCGCAUGCCAGGAGCGUCUGAAUACCCAGCCAAGGACCUGAGCACCCCACCCAGCUCCCCCGAGCGGGCGGGCGGCAGCGGGGGGCCCUCCUCCGGCCCCGUGCGGAGCAGCGACAUGCUGUACCUGAUCGUGGGCUGCGUCCUGGGCGUGAUGGUCCUCAUCCUGAUCGUUUUCAUCGCCAUGUGUCUGUGGAAGAACCGCCAGCAGAACGCCAUGCAGAAAUACGACCCUCCCGGCUACCUCUACCAAGGGGCAGAUAUCAGCGGGCAGAUGAUCAAGUACACGACCCUGCCCGGCACGAGCCGUGUCAACAGCAGCAUCCACAGCAACUUCGUCAGCAACGGCGUCGGCAACGGCUGCCCACACCUGCACCACAAAGCGGGCAGCGGGCUGGACGGGGCGAGGAGCGGAGGGGCUGGGCUGCACCCGGCGCACACCGGCUCCCUGCCCGGAGCACACGUGGACUGUGAGCGCGCACACCGCCUGGCGAACGGCGGGGGGCUGUACACAGCGCUGCCGCAGGCGGAGCCCCCUGAGUGCAUCAGCUGCCGGAACUGCCGCAACAACAACAGGUGUUUCACCAAAACCAACGGCACUUUCAGCAGCAGCGCGCUGCCCGUCGUGCCCAUCGUCGCACCUUACCAGCAGGACAGCCUGGAGAUGAAACCCCUGAGCCACAUCAUGGUGGCCAUGUGCUUGGCCUCCGGCGUCCCCGAGCACAGCGUGCAGCUGGAGGAGGACAGCGCGGAGACGGCCGAGCAGCCCCCCAGCCCCCAGCCCUGCUGCAGGGGCAGCGCCGGGCCGCUCUGCCUGGAGUACAGUGAUGGUGACAGCUGUGCACUCUCGGAAACAACGAACCACGUUCUGAGCUGGAGCCCGCUGGUUCUGCAGCCUGUGCCAAAGGACUGUAGGGACAAACCGGGCUGGAGCGCGGCCAGCGCGACGCGUGGCUCCGGGCAGCCCCCGCUGCAGGAGAGCUGAGGGGGAACGCUGCAGGGACUGGUGGAGGGGCGUUAAUUAUAACAGAGAGAGUCACUAUUUAUUUUUUGUAGUAGUGUCAUAUGAAUGUAUCUUGUUUUUAAAUGGUUGCCUUUUUAUAUUAUUUAUGCCUUGAGAUUCCUUCUUUUCCCCACGCACCGUGAAGCUAGCCUGGUUAUGUGUAUGAAAACAAAAAGCAAAGAUUGGUAAUAAUAUAAAGAACAACGAUGGGAAGCG